ACACGGUGAAGGAAGUUGAUCGGUCAGCGAAUUUCAGUGAAGUGAAUUUUCGGUUCACGUCCGCGAUUAAAUCACUUGUUUAUUUUAUCGAACUAUUUAUUGGUGUGCUUGAACUUUUUAAAAAGUGCCAGUUAUAUGGAAAAGUGUUAAGACUUUGCGAUUCGGUGGUCCUAGGAUGUGUUUGUGUUAGAUGCAGUAAUGGAGCGGUUUCCUCUGAAGUCUACUGGCCCUAAAAUGGGUACGACGUACCAGUCAGUCUACAAAAAGGGUGCGAACGCAAGCAACGGGCGAGGCGCGCAGUCGACCAGUGAGGAUGACAUGGUAGACAUCACGGCGGGUCUGCAGCAGGCCGCCGCUGCCAGUGUCACCACACCCACCAGCCACGGCACCUUCCAACUCUACGAGCACGGCGGCAGGAACUCCAACGCCAGUGCCAACUCUUACACCAUCGCUCAAUACUUCAGUUCUUCUGCGGGGGACGCAGUGCUAUUUUCCGGAAUGUCAGGUGACGAUGACAUCCCGGGUAUUGGCCAAUAUGACGACUUCCAUACUAUUGACUGGCAGCGAGAUAUUGCCCGCGAUCGUAUGCGACAUAGAUACAUCGUGAAGAAAAGGCAAGACUCGAUAUGGGAUCUUAUAAAGGGCGCCCACGACGCAUGGUCAGGAUGGGUGUGCGUGCUGCUGGUGGGAGUCUGCACGGGCAUAGUGGCUGGUGUCAUCGACAUUGGGGCCUCCUGGAUGACCGACCUCAAGUUUGGCAUCUGUCCCCAAGCCUUCUGGCUUAACCGGGAGCAAUGCUGCUGGUCCGAUACUGAUACCACUUUUGACACUGGAAACUGCUCACAGUGGCUGACUUGGCCGGAAGUGCUGGGUGGACAGCGCCAGGGCCCAGGAGCUUACAUCAUCAGCUACCUGUUCUACAUCGUGUGGGCUCUGGUAUUCGCUGCGCUGUCGGCUUCUCUUGUCAGGAUGUUCGCGCCGUACGCUUGCGGUUCAGGUAUUCCGGAGAUCAAAACUAUACUGAGUGGUUUCAUCAUCCGAGGAUAUUUGGGCAAGUGGACGCUUAUCAUCAAGGUGGUCGGCCUGAUACUGUCUGUGUCCUCCGGCCUCUCACUCGGGAAAGAGGGGCCUAUGGUGCACAUCGCCAGUUGUCUCGGAAAUAUUCUGUCAUACCUGUUUCCGAAGUACGGACGCAACGAAGCGAAGAAGCGUGAGAUCCUGUCGGCAGCCGCGGCGGCCGGAGUGUCCGUCGCCUUCGGAGCCCCCAUCGGAGGAGUGCUGUUCAGCUUGGAAGAGGUGUCCUACUACUUCCCGCUGAAGACACUGUGGCGCUCCUUCUUCUGUGCGCUGAUUGCGGCCUUCAUCCUGCGCUCCAUCAAUCCAUUCGGCAACGAGCACUCCGUGCUGUUCUUCGUGGAGUACAACAAACCGUGGAUCUUCUUUGAGCUGAUACCGUUCGUCGGACUCGGUAUUAUUGGGGGCUGCAUAGCGACGAUAUUCAUAAAGGCGAACAUCUUCUGGUGCCGCUACCGCAAGUUCUCGAAGCUGGGCCAGUACCCAGUGACGGAGGUGCUGGUGGUGACCCUGGUCACAGCCAUCAUCGCGUACCCCAACCCGUACACGCGCAUGAACACGAGCGAGCUCAUCUACUUGCUGUUCAACCAGUGCGGCAUCUCCAACUCCGACCCUCUGUGUGAUUACAACCGCAACUUCACUGACGUGAACUCCGCGAUCGAGAAGGCGGCGGCCGGGCCGGGCGUGUACCACGCCAUCUGGCUGCUGGUGCUCGCUCUGGUGCUGAAGCUGGUCAUGACCAUCUUCACCUUCGGCAUCAAGGUGCCGUGCGGACUAUUCAUACCCAGCCUCGCGCUCGGAGCUAUCGCGGGACGGAUUGUAGGCAUAGGCGUGGAGCAGCUGGCGUACAACUACCCGCGGAUAUGGCUGUUCUCGGGCGAGUGCUCGACGGGCGACGACUGCAUCACGCCCGGCCUGUACGCCAUGGUGGGCGCCGCCGCCGUGCUGGGCGGGGUCACCCGGAUGACAGUGUCGCUGGUGGUGAUAAUGUUCGAGCUGACGGGCGGCGUGCGCUACAUCGUGCCGCUGAUGGCGGCCGCCAUGGCGUCCAAGUGGGUGGGCGACGCGCUGGGCCGGCAGGGCAUCUACGACGCGCACAUCGCGCUCAACGGGUACCCCUUCCUCGACAGCAAGGACGAGUUCCAGCACACCUCGCUCGCUGCAGACGUCAUGCAACCCAAACGCAACGAGACGCUCUCGGUGAUAACCCAGGACUCGAUGACGGUGGAUGAUGUGGACACGCUGCUGAAGGAAACCGAGCACAACGGGUACCCCGUGGUCGUGUCCAAGGAGUCGCAGUACUUGGUGGGCUUCGUGCUGCGCAGGGACCUCAACCUGGCCAUAGCGAACGCGCGUCGGACCAUGGAAGGCAUCACAGGGCAAACCAUUGUCAUCUUCGCGGGCACCGGCAACCAGCCGCUGUCGCCCCCACCCUGCCUCAUGCUGAACCGCAUCCUCGACAUGGCGCCCAUCACCGUCACCGACCAGACCCCCAUGGAGACCGUCGUGGACAUGUUCCGCAAGCUCGGCCUGAGGCAGACGCUGGUCACUCACAAUGGACGUCUGCUGGGAGUGAUCACCAAGAAGGACGUGCUGCGGCACGUGAAGCAGAUGGACAACGAGGACCCGAAUUCAGUGCUGUUCAACUGAGGCCGGGCCCAGCGCGCCACCGUAGGGCGACGCCAACCCUAGCACUCCACUCCGCGCACUCACAGACUCAUCCCCUCCGUCGCGAGCGCCACAUUCUCACCCGCGACCUAGUCUCCGGACUACCGGCAAACACCGCAAUGCAACGAAAUAUAUACGUGCGCAUUGUGCGUGGACCGUGGUCUGUGGCUACUCGCGUAUCAUACAUCACAGUGGAACAUCGCGCCGUUAGGGCAACUCAUAUGUAUCGUAUUAGGUAUAGUUACUAGGUAAACAUCCCAUUGUCAACUGUCUGUAUAUUAGCUAAUCCCGCGCAGAGCUCACACAAUAAUAAGUAGAUAAAUUCACUUUGAGUAAAUAGCACAGUUAUUACGAUUCUGUCGGCUUUUGUAAGUACAUAAGCAAUCAAGUUCCACUAGAGUAUUACCGAUCGCAUAACUAUUUAUAUUGUAACAUUGUCGCCAGCUCCACUGGACUACAAUAGAGUUGGUGACUUCAGUAUUUAGUGUUACUAGCAAACAUUUAAGUGGAAGCUACUUUGUAUGAUUAAUGAACAAAGUUUUAGAUAUUAAUAUAUGAAGUAAUUUAUUAUUGUUUCAAAUCAAAUAAUAUUAUCAUGUUCUAAGCAAGAUUUUAUGUAAAUAUUGUAUCGUAUAUGAAGCAUAAUGUGUAACCGACAUCUCAUUUUAAGUAGUGUUGUAGAAUCGAAUAUAUUGUUUAUAAAAGCUAAGCUAUAUUUGUACAGCUUCGCACCGACACACAGUAGAAGGUACGGACGUAGAUAUAGGCCCGACCCGCGCUACUCACUAUACCUAUGCAGUCAAUGUGUAUAUAUUGUACAUAAAUGAUAUUGUCGUCCUGUCAACACAAUCGUUAAAUUAGCCGAUAAAUGAGCCCGUCCCUGUGUCGUGUGUUUCUUAUAGUAGUUUUGAGACAGCACUCUGCUUAGAUCGACACUUACAUUAAUUCAUACUGCACGUUAGCUCGUUUGCUUAUAUUAUGACUAACAUUGAUACAGGGAUGCGAAUAAUGUUAAGACACGAACUAGAAGCAGCUCAUUACUAUAUUAUACUUCAAGUAUUUUAAAUAAUAAAGUAAAUUUUGCAAUAAAAUGAACAUGCACGUGAUUAUGAAUCAUGGUCUACUAAUUCGCAAGUAACGUCUUGGGUAUAGAAAGCGAUCUAUAAGCAACUAUCUCGUAGUCCUAUAAUAUUUGAAUAUUAAACUGUUUUUAUGUAUUUUUAUAUACAAGGACUGAAAAUUAAAAUGAUAAACUACUAGGUAUUAACAACAUUGUAUAAUUAAGUUUACACGUUUGCGAGCCUCCAGUCGGAGUGCGCAACUUUUUAUAAUAGAUUUUACAAGUAUUGUGUAUUUAUUACAGUGUUACUGAUGUGCAAUAUUUACAUCAUAACUGCACGUUGGAUCUAGAUUUACAGAGGGUCGGCGCGGACUCGCGGCUACUACACUAGCUACUAAGAUUUACUUGAAAUUAUAUAAAUGUAUAAUGUAACGUAAUUUUAUGCAGUUUGUCCAACUCGCGACUUAGGUCGACGUCCAAUAAUUUAUUGAUUUACUAAGAUAUCACCGUCACCUGCUCGUCGCGGGCUCUGCGCCGACCCAAACAUUUUAUAUUGACUACUUUCAAAUGUAUAGAAUGAGAUUUUAAAAUAUUUUCUGUCCCUCGCUUGCCACCUAUCUCGAUGCUCGGGUGGUACCGUCGAAGUGUGUGUUUCAAAUACAUGUAUGUUUAAUA